AUGGCGACCCCCAAUCCGCCCGGCCAUAACAGCUGGGCCACUGCCGAGGAUUGGGCAACCCGAAGAGAAUACAUUACGACUCUUUGUGUGAGAAUGUACAAGGCGCGGUUUCAAAAAUGGGGUAUCGAGAAGAAAAUCAAAGCCGAGGAAGCUGUCGAGAUAUUUCGACAACAAACUGCCCGAGCAGCAGCAGGAAAACCAACUGUAGCGUAUAUCAGGGGCAGACGAAUCGACCCCGACAGGCUCCAACGGUACCGUUACCGCGCAGCACCCCUUGUCUCGAAGAAGAUUAUGCACGCCGAAAAGGGCGAUGGUGGCGAGGCGUCAGGUUCUUCGAGGGUAGUUCAAGUUAUUUGUCGGACGCCCUCGCCCUCACCAUCACCGGAAGCAACCGACUCGGCCAUAUCGAUCUCCCCUCGCAUUGAAGAACCCACCGAAUUAAGGGUCCCACACGAAUGUAUGCAAAUCCUCCACAAUUUUAUGAAUGGCGCUUUCGAUAGUGGUAUGUGGCAGAUGCAGUCAGAAGGCGACCGUGCUGAGAUGAAUGGUGCCUUUACCUGGCAACAUUACGUUGCUUCGUCGCAAGGGUUGAUACGACAUGGUAGGAUAAAAGAAGGAUUUUCGUUGUUAGGCAUGUGUUUUGACCAGUACAAGCAACAAUUACAGAAGCCGGAUUCCAUGUUCUGGUUGGCCACAUAUAAGUGUGCAAUGGUUCUUGCUAGUCAGAACAACAAGCUUGGCGAUGCUUUCAUAGACUAUGCCUCCAAGCUGACGUCUCUGAUGCUGCCGCCAGGACAUCCAUUCAAUCAGUUAUGGUCGCGGGUUUUACUCACAGGUAUAAAUGGAAUAAAAGAACAUGCUGGGGCUAUAUUCGAGUCGUACUUGGACAUGUGGGGACGGCAUGUCAACUCGACGGAAACGAGCACUACGAACGAUGUGCAGGGUGCAUUUGUCUUUAUCCAAUUACAUUGCGCCGGCCUGCUUUCUUACAACCUUCUCGAAACCGUUAUCCAGGGCAUGGUCACCGGAAAAUCGAUCCCGAAAGAAGCAGCAGUAUUUUUACUUCAAGAGAGUAAAUUUAGAUUAGCCCUGUCAUAUUUGUCAAAACGGCGGCUCAAAAAAGCGGAGGUUACUACCAAAGAAAUAUUGGCUUGGCUCGACGCACAACCGCCUAGUGCUUACGUUGAUAUUCGCUGCAAAGCGGCAUGGUUAAUGUUCGAAAUAAAACAGCGAAACGGGACGCAGGCCGAAGCACUAGCAGUGGGGCACGAACUUCUGAAGUUGUCGCAAGAGAAUUAUGGACCCACGCAUAUUCAGACGUUGGAUGCGAUGUCAGCAGUCGAAAGUUAUUGCCAAAGAAUUGGUGCGAUGGGAGCGGCUGAGCAGAUGGGCGGCGAUUUUGAGAGCCGCUGGAAGGUCUUCCGCGACAGAGCCGAGGCAAUUAAUAAUUUCCCACAGCAGAUUGACCAACCUUGGUAUUAUCGGUCGAUUGAGCUAGGCGAGAAGGUGGGACUAGUUCAAGAGACAGUCGACCUAUUUGAACGAUGCUUGAAAAUAUCGGAUGAUUCCCCAUGA